AUGAUAAUGGAUCAUAGGAAUUCAAUAAAGUCGACGCCAGAAGAUGAUUACGUUUCUUUCAUGGUCUAUCUGCGAACAAACGGCGUCUGGAAAUCCGUGAGCGACGUGUUCAGGAUGUUAAACGAAACUAGGCCCAAAGAUCCGAUCGAGUUUUUCAAGGCGAAUAUUAAGAUCGAUAACAGCGACAACAGAGCCAUCGAAGAAACGCGUCGUGAAAUUGCAGAGGCCGAAAAAAAGCUAAGUAUUUUAAGACACGACAAACUCGUGUUGACGGCUAAUUUGGAUUUGCUAGACAUGACAAUUUGUCUGAAACAAAAACCAAAUUCGGGUGUCGGAAGCACCGCCGUCGACUACGCGGAGGACGACGACGAAAUGAUUUCCGAAACGCUUUCUCAUUCCGAGCACGUAUAG